AUCUGUCUUUUUACUAGGCAAUCGACUGUUCGAGAUUACAGGGAGCUUCUCAAGGACCCUAACAGCCCUGUUGGGUUUGAGAGGGAACCACAAUUCAAUGCAGUGCUGUAUGACUUGCCUAGGCCUGAAGGAAACAAUCGGAGCAAAUAGAGGAUAUCUGUGAGGAGAUUGUUGUUUUAGGGUAGAUUGCUUACCUUGGAAAAGAAACUCUCAGAUCCCUUGCUUGCUGGAUAUUUUCCAGGUAGAUUGUUAUCUUCUCUCUUGUAGACGAAAGACACUUGGAAUGCGAGAGAGUAGGGGAGAAGUUGGACCUUCCUCCAUACUGGUCUCCGUUCACUUGUCUCUGUUUUUUUUUUUUACUCCAGCAUGCCCUUCUUGCAGCUUUGCUAGUGCCCUUUGAUUGCUUUCACUGUUAAGCUUAUCGGCGGUGCAUAUGUUUUGUUGAAAUUCCACUUGCUCCCCGAGCGGCUGGUUGUGUGAAGCCUCAAGAGAUCGAGUGCCUGGGCUGCACGCUCUGGCCCUGUCUUGAGUAACGCUGAAGCCGAGGAGUCCUGAGCUGCGGGACUGGCCAAGCAGCUGUGGGACUACACUAAAUUUGGGCCAACUGCCAAGGAGAAUAACGCCAUUGGUAUGGCAGAAUGCCCACAGGUUUGUCCCCAGGAGCUGUGGGGAAGGGAGAAUUUAUGAAAACAGAGGGAAUGAAAGAGCCUCCCAGUGACCGAGACGGGGCAGGCAAUGCUUGUUUGGACCGGCUCAGCGAUGCUUACAGAGUGGAUGCGGAGAUCAACGGGACACACGAAAACACGGAUAUGGGGAAAAGCCACGGUUCCGACGGGCGAUCGCGGCUCACGGAAAACGGGGUGAUGGAGAUCGAUCCCCCCCACGGCUCCGUCAUGGGGAGCAAUGGUUACGUUCUCAGCAAACCACAGCAAGACACAGCGGCUGCCCAGCACAGGACUAACUGGUCACCCACGGGUACCACUUCGGCUGGGCACGCUGCCAAAACACUUCCGUCGGCAGCUCUGCGCGCCUGCACACUGGGCACCCAAAAGACUGAUACCAGUGCGCUUCCUGCUUUGGGAGAGGGGAAGAUCGAAACAGAGACUAAAAACGGCACAGGCCUCAGCACCCCUCCUCCGCCUGUUAUACACCGAGCACGCAAAACCAUGUCACGGCCAGCCUCCAACCAGACACUAAAGAUUCUAAAUAGGGAAGUAAAAGAGCCAAACAUAGUGAAAGACGAGAGUCCGGAUACUCCAGAGGCAACGAAGCCUCAGCAGACACCACCCUCCCAGAACCAACUACCUCAGAGCCAAAUCAACGCAACGACCAUGCCGACUGCUACACUUGCCAAGCCACAAACAGUAGUAGUUGUGUCAAAAAAGAAGAAAAGGAAGAUGGGAACAUACAGCUUCGUUCCGAAAAAGAAAACCAAAGUUCUGAAACAGCGGACCAUGCUAGAGAUGUUCUCUCAUCUCUCUCAGUCCCCACCCAAUCCACAGCAGAAAGAUGUCGUUCAUGUGAAUGGGGAAAGGGUGGAGAACGACUCUGUGGAGGAAGAAUCGGAGGAAGAGGAGGACUCUGAGGAGGAGGAUGAUCUAGUUGGGGAAGAGGCACGCAACACUACCAAGGAAGAGAGUCUGACAAAGCCUCGACCUCAGGUGCCCCAUGAGGAGCCCGAAACUGAGGAGUCUGGGGAAGAUGAAGGCGAAGGGGAAGAGGAGGGAAAUGACUCUGACUUGAGCAUCGAGUCCAGCUUGAAGAAGAAGUUGAAAAAGAAGGGCAAAGGAGACAACCCCUGGCUUCGACCUUCUAGGAAACGCAAACGUAAGAUGAAGAUGAAGACGGAGGAAGUCCCUGGUACAGAACCCCCGUCACACAAUCAACCUCCAGUCCAGUCCGAGGUUUCAGCUGAGGUCAGUAAGGAAUACACAGAGGUUCCUCUUGACUCCCUUAACCUGAAGGCUCAGGAGGAGCUGCUGACAUCUCAGAGCAAAGGCGUCACCAGUGGUGUUAAGGAGAUGGAGGCCGAUAUGGUACAGGAACUCCCAUUAUGUAGCUGCCGCAUGGAGACGCCGAAGAGCCGCGAGAUCCUCACUCUUGCGGAUAGGAAAUGCAUGGCAACAGAGAGUGUAGACGGACAGUUGACCCGGUGUCAGAGCGCCGUAUUGAAACACGAGAUGAUGCGGCCGUCCAACACCGUUCAACUGCUAGUUCUGUGUGAAGACCAUCGGGCUGGCAUGGUGAAGCACCAGUGCUGCCCUGGCUGUGGUUUCUUCUGUAGGGCGGGGACCUUCAUGGAGUGCCAGCCAGACAACAACAUCUCUCAUCGGUUCCACCGCGCUUGUGCGUCCAUGCUUAAGGGCCAGAGCUUCUGUCCGCAUUGUGGGGAGGAGGCCAGCAAAGCCAAGGAAGUGACCAUCGCCAAGGCCGACACCACCUCCACCGUGCCCCCUACCCAGGCCCCCGCCACCCCAAGCACUUCUGAGGGGAGAGCAGACACCACCACUGGAGGAUCAUCUCGCUUAUCUGUGUCCAGUGAGGGUAGAGCAGACAGCACCCUGCCCAAACCUGUGGAGGUGGCAACCACGUCUCAAGCCAUGAUUGCUCCCAAACCAGGAACCCCAGCAGUGGCUGGUGUGGCUGUCCUGCCUGUCCUGCCUGCCCUGGGACCACCUAAAGAAACCCUGGAGAGCAUCCUCUUGGCACUGGACACAGAGAAGCCCAAGAAACUGCGGUUUCAUCCAAAGCAGCUGUACAUUUCUGCCAAACAAGGGGAGCUGCAGAAAGUCUUGCUCAUGUUGGUUGAUGGCAUUGACCCAAACUUUAAGAUGGAGAACCAGACCAAGCGAACACCCCUUCAUGUGGCAGCUGAGGCUGGACACGAGGAAGUCUGCCACUUGCUGGUCCAGGCGGGCGCUAACCUUGACAUGUGUGAUGAUGACCAACGGACCCCUCUGAUGGAAGCCUGUGAGAAUAAUCACAUGGACACUGUGCGCUAUCUCUUGAAGGCAGGGGCUAGUGUAACACAUAAGGAUGCUGAGGGUUCUACGUGUCUCCACCUUGCUGCUAAACUUGGGCAUUUUGAGAUUGUGCAGCACUUGCUGAGCACUGGUCUAAUAGACAUCAACUGUCAGGAUGAUGGAGGCUGGACAGCGAUGAUCUGGGCCACGGAGUACAGGCAUGUGGAACUGGUGAAGCUGCUGCUCUCCAAAGGAGCAGACAUCAACAUCAGAGACAAGGAGGAAAACAUCUGUUUGCACUGGGCAGCGUUCUCUGGCUGCGUGGAGAUCGCCGAGAUCUUUCUGGAGGGGCGCUGUGACCUGCAAGCAGUCAACAUCCACGGAGACUCGCCAGUGCACAUUGCUGCUCGGGAGAACCGCCUCGAAUGCGUCACGAUGUUCUUGUCUCGGGGGUCAGACGUGAGUCUGAAGAACCGCGAGGGCGAGACGCCGCUGGAGUGCUGCAGCCACAACUCCAAGGUGUGGAGCACGCUGCAGAACAGCCGCCGGCUGAAGGAGAGCCGGGGCGGCCGGGCCACGCCCUCAGAGAAGCUCCUCAACAGGGACAUAGCACGAGGUUAUGAGGCUGUACCUGUUCCGUGUGUGAACGCUAUUGACAGCGAGCCCUGCCCUGACAACUACAAAUACAUCCCUGACAACUGUGUUACAUCCCCAAUGAACAUAGACAAAAACAUUACACACUUACAGUAUUGUGUGUGCAAAGACGACUGUUCCUCAACCAACUGUAUGUGUGGGCAACUCAGUCUGCGCUGUUGGUAUGACAAGGAGGGCCACUUACUGCCAGAGUUCUGCACUGAGGAACCGCCACUCAUCUUUGAGUGCAACCAUGCCUGCUCGUGCUGGAGAACAUGCAAGAACCGCGUCGUGCAAAAUGGACUAAGGUUACGCCUGCAGCUGUUCCGGACCAGUUUGAUGGGCUGGGGGGUAAAAGCGCUGCAGGACAUCCCCCAGGGCACGUUCGUCUGCGAAUAUGUUGGGGAAAUCAUUUCUGACGCAGAGGCUGAUGUGAGGGAAAACGACUCCUAUUUGUUCAGCUUGGACAACAAGGUAGGGGAUGUGUACUGUAUAGAUGCCCGUUUCUACGGCAACAUCAGCCGCUUCAUCAAUCACUUGUGUGAGCCGAACCUGUUCCCGUGCCGCGUGUUCACCUCGCACCAGGACCUGCGCUUCCCCCGCGUGGCUUUCUUUGCCAGCAAGAAGAUCAGCGCUGGCGAAGAACUGGGCUUUGACUAUGGUGAGCACUUCUGGGACAUCAAGGGCAAGGACUUCAGCUGUCAGUGCGGCUCCACCAAGUGCAAGUACUCGGCGGCGGCCAUUGCCCAGCGGCAGGCGGAUCAGCAGCCCAGCGCCCUGCCCGACACCAGCUCCUCCACCACGCCCUCCAGCCCCUCCUGAUCCUCCCCACGCACAGAGUGCCCCUAGCUGGGGCACACAUCGCCAUCACUGCCCACCCCACCCCCACCCCCACCCCCACUCUUCACCUCCCUCCACCCUGCCCCAUCCACUCCAUCCCAGCACCACCCUCUCUACCAGCCAAACUCCACUGACUUGCUCACCCACCCUUCCACACCAGCAUGGAGGAACACAGAAACGCACACGUGAACCCCCUUCCCCCCCCCCCCCCCCCCUAGCCCCCGUGUCGGACCUAAUGUCAAAGUCAAGCCGGCUUUGUUUUGCUGGGGUUCUGUACAGAGCGCCAUGACUGAGGAAGCUAAAAAAAACAUUAUGCAUUUGGGCCGGGAAGUACUUUCAGCGGCUACAUCUUAGAGAUAGUUGAAACAGAAGACGGAGAUGAGGGGGAAUGUGAUACGAAUAGUGUGUAAAAAAAGCCUUCUCUUUUUAUUCUGAUUUGUUUUUAAAUCUGUAAGUGUUCUUUUUUUUUAUUGUUAUUAUUAUCCUUCAACCAUACUUUCUCUGCCACCCCUUUGGACUGAAGCCUUCUGGGUAAUCGAGUCAAAUGCUGCUGGAUCUUUUGUGAAUACUACAACUACAAACAGUGCUUAUGCGAGAGUGACUGCAUGACUUGUGCCCACAGUGCAUCCACAGCACAUUAUCUGGUACCACUCAGUUGUCUUAGAGCAUCUGUCAAUCACUGGACGUCCACACACAAUUCAGCUGACUGACCUGUCAACAGAGAGGAGCAGUUGUUCACGUCCGAACUAUUUGUACUGAGAAAGAUGUCGCUGUGUUGAAAUCACUUCAGAGGAACUUGAGGAGACAUGAAUGCCGAAGGACUUCUGGCAGAAUUGAGUGUUUGAGGGCCCAUUGGAAUGUUUUUUUUUUUCUUUCUUUCUUUCUUCCAUUAAAUGUUGUCUCGGUAAGUUCUGUCAUAUUUGUUGCAUUGCACUGCGGCAAGAUGCCCGUUUCGUCAGUGGGAUCCUCAUAAUUAUUGUCUGGUCCCAAAGGUCAUGGUCCGUUUAAUCCAGCCAGGUGUCUUUCCUGAUGGAAAACAGAGAGCAGUGCUGGGCCUACUCUUUGCUGACAUGUGCUCUCCAGUUGUGCAGUGUCCUGGACUCCCUAUUUCAUACGUUUCUCGCUGGUCCUCUCGCAUGUAUCUGUCUUGGAAAUGAUUGGAGUGUUGACACAUCUGCUCUCUUUUGUAUAAUUCCAUAAUGACAAAUUUAAAAAGAGAUUUUUUUAUUAUUAAUAUUGUUUUCACUUUUAUGUUCAGUUCAAUGAAAAGAUGGCAUGUUUACUGAACACUUGCAAAAGUAAGCAGAGCAUUCGUAUCGCUACAAGAAACCAGGAGGAUUGGGUGACACACAUGAACAGAGAAAAUGGUGCUGAAAAAGUUUUCUUUUUUUCGUUUUGUUUAUUUUAUAUUGCUCACAGGAAGUGAAUAUGAGUUGUAAAAUAAGAUGAAGUCAAGUUUUUUGUUUUCUUUUUUUUUUACAUUUACCUCCAGUUUUCUAACUGUAUUAGAUGUAGUUAGCCAGUAUCAUUUCCGUUUCAUGACUUCAUGUGGCUGGUCAACCUAUUAUUCCGUAUUUUUAAAUGUGCUUAGUAUAGUAUUGUCCCUUGUGCAAAUCUCAGAGAUGUAAGUACAAAAAUUCAAAAAUAGAAAUAAAAAUACUUUUUCUUUAUGUUACAUAUUUCUGGAUGGUGAAACUUACGAUGCUCCAUGAUUGGUUGUAUCUUUCUUUUUCAAUAAAUUUACUACUAAUAAAAGGAUGCUGUUGACCACUGCA